CGGGGAGGCGGGCCCGUCCCCGGCUCUCCCACGCCCCGCAGCUCCUCGGCGGGAGGUUUGAAGACCCGGGCCCAGGCAGAGGCUCCGGCGGCAGCUGCCGGCAUCCCGCUCCACGCUGCGGCGCUCCCAGUACCGGGUCCCCGGGCGCUACGUUGGAGGAGAGCGCGGCCCUGAAGCGGCAGUGCGGCGGGCGGACGGACGGACCGACUCCAGCCAGGGCGGCCAGCUUCCGGGGCUUUGUCGUGUGUCACGGAGGCGCCUGCAGCACGCGGAGAGGGAAGGGAGGACCCCGGAGGAGCCCCUUCCGGACACGCGCCGGGUCCUGACCCGCCGAGCUUUCCCCCCGCCACCCCCGGGGAGCGCGGCCUGCGCACGCACGCGCGCGCGCGCCUCUCCGCGUCCUCCUGCCCGCGCACGCUCGCUCCGUCCCGCCGCGCCGCGCCGGAUCGGGUCAUGGAGUCCUCCGGAGGCGUUGGGGGCGCCUUCCUGAAAGAUAUUGUGGCCUAUGUUGAAGUAUGGUCUUCCAACGGAACAGAGAAUUACUCAAAGACAUUUACCAAACAACUUGAGGAUAUGGGGGCAAAGGUUUCAAAAACUUUCAACAAGCAAGUGACCCAUGUGAUCUUCAAAGAUGGAUAUCAGAGCACCUGGGACAAAGCCCAGAAGACAGGGGCAAAGCUGGUUUCCGUCCUCUGGGUUGAAAAAUGCAGGAUGGCUGGAGCACAUGUCGAUGAAUCUUUGUUCCCUGCAGUGAAUACGAAUGAACAUUUACCAAGCCUAAUUAGAAAAAAACACAAGUGUAUGCAGCCCAAAGAUUUUAUUCCUAAAACACCAGAAAAUGACAAAAGACUUCAAAAGAAAUUUGAGAAAAUGGCUGAAGAGCUACAGAGGCAGAAGACAUCACUUGUUGAUGGUGUCCCUGUCCUCCUGUUUGAGUCUCCCUGCUCAGUGGUAUACAGCCCCACGGUUCCCAUUAGGAGUCACCAGAACAUGAUGGAGAGGAGACUACAAGAGAUGAAGGAGAAAAGGGAAAACCUUUCCCCUACCUCUUCCCAGAUGUUUGAACAGUCUCAACAGAAUCCAAAUAUCGCUCUGUGUGAAGCAUCUUUGAACAUUUCUCGUGAAUCUUUAAGUUCAGAUGAAUCCUUUGCCAAUUUUUCACACUCAUCUUUUGAUGGUCUCUGUGGAAAUCAGGAAAGGAAACCAGGAAGAUCUGCUAAUGAGAUGGCCAGCAAGGCAUGCCUUUCCUCACCUGUGUUGAAAACAAGCGGUUCUUAUGAGUCAGCAUUGCCCAACCUCCUCUCUCAGCCAAGUCCUCCGAAAGCUGCAGACAGUCCUCCACAGGAGAGGGUCAGCUGGCAGAAGGAGGCUGCAGCUGAGAAAGCUGACCCGGAGAGAAAGCAGGCUGCAGCUGUGUCUCCGGGGACACCUGACGAGAAGCACUGUCUGUCUCCUGCAGCAUCUGCCAUAGAUGAACACUUGGUACGUUUGGGACCCAAGAGUUCCUCGGCAAAGAGAAAAAGGCCAGCAGACUUGGGGUCACCUCCAAAAGGAAAGAAGAGGUACAGUAGGAAGUCUGCCCUGCCGCUACAGCUGUUCCGGUCUGACCAUGAUCUGCAGUCCACGGCCGGCCCCAUCCCGGGGACUCCUGAUGUUGGGGCUUCCUCUUAUGAGGACUACUUUUCCCCUGAUAAUCUCAAAGAAAGGAAUUUGGAGACUCUUCCUCCUGAGGCUCAGCCAUUAGCAAGCCCUUCUCUGUUGCGCUCUAAAGGUCUCUCAAAGUGGGAGCGAAGAAACAUCCUGGAAAUGUGUGAUUUUACCAGCAUUGGUAAAAAUCCCAGAUCCAUCAGCAUUACUGACUUCAUGUCAAAAGGUGCUUCUAGUCUGGAGAAACCUGACAAGAAAGUGAGUACAGUUCCUAGGUGCAUUUUGGUGGGAACAUCUGCUGAAGAAAGCCCAAAGCACUGCAGGCAGCCUGGCCCUCAGCUGAGGGAGGACACAGGCCCACAGGGAAGCACCCGUGCUAACACCCAGAACGGCCCUGCUCGCGGUGCCGUACCCUUGGAAGGAGGGGCUGAGGAAGCAAGAGACCCAGCUGAUGUAAAAGGCUCCCCGAAAGACAGCACCACUCCGCCAGCUUCGGCCUCUUCUGAAGGAGAAGCACACAGCUUCAGUUUGGGAGAGGAUUGUAAUGUAGAAAAAUCUGUAGAAGAAAAGGAGAACAUAUCCACAGCAUAUAGUGAAAGUGUUAAAAAUGGACCAGUGAAGCCUGAAACUUCAGACAGCUCUUGCACAGGCCUUGUCAGACCUCGACAGAAAGCAAAGAAAUGUGACAAAGGGCAGAAGCCAAUGAGAACAUUAGUCAUGACAAGCAUGCCAUCUGAGAAGCAGAAUCUCAUCAUCCAGGUGGUGAACACACUGAAAGGCUUUUCAUUCUCACCUGAGGUCUGCGAGUCCACCACCCACGUGCUGGUGGGGAAGUCUGUCCGCACCCUGAACGUGCUGAUGGGGAUUGCGAGAGGAUGCUGGAUUCUUUCUUACGAAUGGGUGCUGUGGUCUUUAGAGUGGGGUCACUGGAUUUCUGAGGAGCCUUUUGAACUCUCUGAAUCUUUCCCUGCAGCUCCGGUCUGCAGACUGGAACGCCAGUUAUCUACCCGGCGAUACCAAGGAACCCUCUUUGCCAAUCAGCCGAAGAUGUUCAUUGCACCAGCCAGCAGCCCCCCAAGGGCCAAGCUGUGUGAACUGGUACUCCUGUGUGGUGGCCAAGUCAGCCCAGCCCCUCAGCUGGCCAGCCUCAUCAUUGGUCCCUACUGUGGCAAGAAGGAAGCAAGAAUCCAGUACCUGUCAGAGAAAUGGGUCUUAGAUUCCAUCACCCAACACAAAGUCUGUGACUUUGACAACUACCAAUUGCUACAAUGAGAGACAAUGGCUGCUGUCCUCAACACUCAAGAAAAACAGCCAUGGAAAGAAGGAACCAGUGUACAGCUUAAGGCUUGAUGUCGCACAUUACCUCGUGUGCUGUUGUUUUUAUCUUCAGUGGGGUGUGUAGGUGUGUGUGUGUGUGUGUGUGUGUGUGUGUGUGUGUGUGUGUGUGUGGUGCUGGAGAUUAAAUCCAGGGCUAGCUAAGCAGGCACUCUACCACUGAGCUACAUCGCCAGCUUUUCAAAACUCUUUUAUGUAAUUUAUUCAUGACUCAUAUUGUAUUUCACAGAAAUCUUGGCCAGCACCAAUUGGGCUUUUUAUACAAUACUAAUAAUGACCAUGAUGAAAAGGUCACAGAACUUUUGUCUUCAAGAUACUUUACUCCCAAUUACAGAAUGGAAAUUGAUUUAAAUUGCUUUAGUCCUAAACAAUCAAGCAAACCCCUAACUUUCUUGGCUUGGACUCUGAGAGCUUUGUUAAUAUGCUCUGUCUAGAUAGGAAAGUCAACCAUGCAUUGUUAAGAUUACACUUAUGUCUUUGAGAUACUUUUCAAAGCAGUUAAGGAAGAUGGGUCUGAAAAUUUUGUACAGUGACUCUGCCUUCUGAAUGGCUAUCAUUCAGCCUCAAAUGGCUACCGCAAGGUUCUCUAUGCAAAGUCAGCUGCUAGGACUGAAUUAUGUCUGGGUUGUCCAACCCAUGGCCCAUGUGUCAUAUUUGUCAAAGGAUAACUAUGAAUGUGGCUAAUACAAAAUUAUAAACUUACUUAAAAGUAUUAUAAGAGGGGUGUGUGUGUGUGUGUGUGUGUGUGUGUGUGUGUGUGUGUGUGUGUGUGUUGAGAGGUAACUCAAUUGCACAGUUCUUGUGAGUGAACUUUGUAGAUGACCACAUUGCAUUACAAUGUGAAAAGCCUGGAUAUACCAUCAGGUUGGUAACUCUUCAUUGUGUUGACACAGGGUCUCUCUAUAGCCCAGACUGGCCUGGAGCUUGCAGACCUCCUGUCCACAUCCCAAGUGUUGGGUUAUAGUCGUGUGACACCACAUUCUCAUGCUGCUCCGGCACCUAACAGAGGUACUGAGUCUCAGUGAGCUUGAAGGUGUCACUCAGCUCAUUGCAGUUUUCUGUAAUGUGAUUGGUUGCUCAUGUCAGCUGCUGUUUCCAACUCAGUAAAUCUAACUCCACUUCCAAAACCUUGUCAUUUUAGUGAUAAGCAGUUGAAUCAUACAAUAUGUGACUUUGUGGCAUUGGCCUUUUCACCAUGUAAUUAAUGCUCUGAUGAUUCAUUCAUGUCAUGUGUGGCAGCAGACAAUUCCUUUUUGUUGCCAAACAGUAUUCUGUGGCAUGGCUGUUCUACAGCUUUGUUAUUCAUCCCCUGAAUAAAGUGAAGGAAUGAAG